CUGGCAUCCGAUCUUGAAAUCACAUCUAAAUCUCUCCUUGUACCUCAUCAAUCUUGAAAUCUGCCAUCAUGCAUCACGCUUCGUCCUUAACUUUUCUUCCGCUGUUGGCCUUGUCUGUAAGCGCAGCGCCGGUCGAUGCCUCGCUCGAGGUCAGAGCCAGCUCAAGCGCCUGCCCUUCCUACACCAUCAUCAACACACGCGGUACGGGCGAGCUUCAAGGCCAGUCUGCUGGUUUCACGUCAAUUAAUUCUCAGGUCACCUCCCAGCUCUCUGGGGGCAAGAUCUACAACACGGUCUAUGCUGCCGAUUACUCGCAGAACUCCGCGGCCGGCACGCAGGAUAUCAUCAACAAGAUCACAUCUACGCUCCAGUCAUCGCCCAACGAGUGCUUCAUCCUCCAGGGCUAUUCACAAGGCGCCGCUGCGACGGUCAACGCACUUCCGAGCCUCACCGGUACGAGCUUCAAUGCGGUCAAGGGGGUGUUCUUGAUUGGAGACCCCGAGCGCAAAGCUGGGUUGGCGUGCAACGUCGACAACAACGGCGGCACCACAACCAAGAACGUCAGUGGGCUGUCGGCAGCUUUAGGGAAGAGCAUUCCUGAUGACUGGAUUUCCAAGACUCUGGAUGUUUGCAUCUAUGGUGACGGAGUUUGUGACACUACCCAUGGUGUUGGCAUCAAUAUGCAGCAUCUCUCGUAUCCUACUGAUUCAGGUACUCAGAAGCUUGGAAUCAGCUUUGCGGUCAAGCAACUUGGUGCUUAG